ACAGCUUCUGUUGCUGCUCCCUUGGUACAUACCAAAGGCCAGCUUCGGUAUCCAGACCAGACCAUCUUCGUCCUCCCUCACUUCACAACACAAGUCCAGGGAACUCAACGGCAACAGCUGGAUAUUUCUGUAUGGUGUUCUGGAAACAUUGAAACUGCCAUUUAUUUGAUAUUCCAUCAUGCGCAGUUCUACGGGGUUGUCCCAGAACUGGACAGCUUUACUUGUUCUUUCUUCAGCCCUUUCUCUAUUUACACCAGCAGUCUCUGUUAAACACGAGAAUUUCAAGACCUGCGAUCAAUCAGGCUUCUGCAAGCGAAAUCGACAGUUGGCGGACAAUGCAGCGAGGCUGGGCACACAAUGGGAAACUCCCUACCAGAUACACCCCCAAUCUAUAGCAUGGGAUGCAGGUCAAUUGCAAGCUACGAUCCUGAAAACGAUCAAUGCAAAUGGCGAGACGGUCCGGUUACCACUCACCAUCUCCUUCCUCGAGUCUGGAUCCGCGCGGGUUACUGUCGACGAGGAGAAGCGCCAGAAAGGCGAGAUCACACUACGACACGAUAGCAAGGCCCGAAAGGAGAGAUAUAAUGAGGCUGAAUCUUGGGCAAUUGUGGGAGGGCUGGACUUGAGUACGACUGCAGGGAUCUCGAUGUUCCGGGACAAGACUGUGAUCAAGUACGGUCCUGAAAACCAGUUCGAGGCUGUCAUCACAUACAAGCCAUUUGGAAUCGACUUCAAACGAGACGAUGCUGUUCAAGUCAAGUUCAACGAUCGAGGUCUUUUCAAUCUUGAGCAUUGGAGACCAAAGGUCGACAACCCGGCACCAGAAGUCAAAGAAGGAGAGGAAGCUCCAGUGGCUCCAGUUGGUGAAGAUGAAAGUACUUGGUGGGAUGAGUCUUUUGGUGGAAACACUGACUCCAAGCCAAAAGGACCCGAGAGUGUGGCUCUUGACAUUACUUUCCCUGGAUACGAGCAUGUUUAUGGUAUUCCUGAGCAUGCUGGACAACUUUCUCUGAAGGAGACCCGAGGAGGUAGCGGCAACCACGAGGACCCUUACCGUCUGUACAAUGCCGAUGUUUUCGAGUACAUCAUGGAUAGUCCAAUGACUUUGUAUGGAGCCAUUCCAUUCAUGCAUGCCCAUAAGAAAGACUCGACGGUUGGUGUGUUCUGGUUGAAUGCUGCUGAGACCUGGGUCGAUAUCAUCAAGGAGAAGGAGGCCCACAACCCAUUGAGUCUCGGUAUUGGAUCAAAAACGGACACUAAAACUCACUGGUUCUCUGAGAGUGGCUUGAUUGAUGUUUUCGUCUUCCUUGGACCUACUGCUAAGGACGUCACCAAGGCCUAUGGGCAACUCACUGGUUUCACCCAGCUCCCACAAGAGUUUUCCAUUGCCUAUCAUCAGUGCCGCUGGAACUAUAACAGUGAUGAAGAUGUCAAGGAGGUGGAUCGCAAGAUGUCGAAGUAUCAAAUCCCUUACGACAUCAUCUGGCUGGAUAUCGAGUACACUGAUGACAAGCAAUAUUUCACUUGGGAUCCUCUUACCUUCACUAAUCCUCUUGGCAUGCUCAAGCAAUUGGAUGAAUCGAAGAGAAAGCUCGUGGCUAUUAUUGAUCCGCAUAUCAAGAACAAGGAUGGAUAUCACGUUGUCGAGGAGCUGAAAAAGAAGGACCUGGCUGUUCACAACAAGGAUGGUAACAUCUACGAUGGAUGGUGCUGGCCCGGAUCUUCCCACUGGAUUGAUUGUUUCAACCCAGCUGCGAUCAAGUGGUGGAUCAGUCUCUUCAAAUACGAUGCUUUCAAGGGUUCCGCAUCUAACCUUUUCAUCUGGAACGAUAUGAAUGAGCCAUCCGUAUUCAACGGCCCCGAGACAACUAUGCCAAAGGACAACCUUCACCACAAUAACUGGGAACAUCGUGAUGUUCACAACAUCAAUGGUAUGACCUUUCACAACGCCACAUACCAAGCAUUGCUUGAGCGUAAGAAGGGCGAGAUCCGACGACCAUUCGUUCUUACCAGAUCCUUCUAUGCCGGAUCCCAACGUCUUGGUGCCAUGUGGACUGGUGACAACCAAGCAAGUUGGGAACAUCUUGCUGCAGCUUUCCCUAUGAUCAUCAACAACGGCAUUGCUGGUUAUCCAUUCGCCGGUGCUGAUGUAGGAGGAUUCUUCGGCAACCCAGACAAGGAUCUCUUGACUCGUUGGUACCAAUCUGGUGCUUUCUACCCAUUCUUCCGUGGCCACGCCCACAUCGACACUAGACGUCGGGAGCCAUAUCUCGCAGGUGAGCCAUACACUGGUAUCAUUACCCAAGCUCUUCGUCUACGAUACGCACUUCUUCCCGCCUGGUACACAGCCUUCCACGAGGCCAGCGUUGACGGCACUCCCAUCCUGCGACCAAAUUACUUCGAGUACCCAUCUGACGAGUCCGGCUUUGCUAUUGAUGACCAAUUUUUCGUUGGAGAAACAGGUCUUCUCGCCAAGCCGGUUGUCACCAAGGAUGCCACCAGCGUUGAGAUCUACCUGGCUGACGAGGAGAUCUAUUACGAUUACUUCACCUACGAAACCUAUUCCGGCAAAGGCAAGCAUUCCAUCGCAGCACCACUUGAGAAGAUCCCUCUACUCAUGCAAGGCGGCCACAUCAUUCCCCGCAAAGACCGUCCCCGUCGCUCCAGCGGCCUCAUGAAAUGGGACCCUUACACCCUUGUCAUCGUUCUGGACAAAGCCGGACAAGCCAAGGGUAGUCUUUACGUUGAUGACGGCGAGACCUUUGAUUACCAACAAGGUGCUUACAUCCACCGUGAGUUCUCGUUCGCCAAUGGUGUCCUUGAGAGUAAGGAUAUUAGCACCAAGGGCAAGUUGACAGACAAGUAUGUCAAGAGCAUGAAGGCCGUUGGUGUAGAGAAGGUGGUCGUUGUUGGUGCGCCGGCAGAGUGGGCUGGUAAGCGUAGUGUCAAGGUUGGGAAGACGGAGAGUGUCCUUGAGUACCAUGGUGCGGAGGCUGGGAAGGCGGCUUGGGCUGUGGUUAAGGCGCCGAAGGUGGCGAUUGGUGAGGAUUGGAAGAUUGAGUUCUAGAGAUAUUGAGACUGAGACUCAAGGUGGUGUGCGAUUAGAUUGAGUAGAUCUUGUUGGAAUAUACAUGUUGCGAAUUUCCUAAGAGUUAUUCUGUUUUGCAUCUGCUUUUGCGUGUGACUUCUACGUUCUCGAUUUUUAGCGCUAUGAUAGAUGUGAACUGUUAUAUUCAAGCUCAACCAAUUUCCCAGCGCUAUCUCUCUGCACGGAGGUUUUGUUGCACAUCGCACUUCUGUCUUAUUUGGGAAGUUUGACGCGAGGGAACGUGGACCGAAUAACUUACUCGCUAAUCAAAGAUUUGACACGGAGCGAUGGGUAAACAGUGCAUGCAUGAAUGGAACAAAGCGCGAGCUCUGUUAAGUGUUGG